UAAGAUUGUAUAUUCUUAUUAAAGACAGUACAGUAGUUAACUAAUUAAACUUACCAACAAAGUACAUGCAAAUAUACAAUUGAUAUAAAAUAAUUUUAACAGAUUUAAGUAGAUAUGUCAAAAGAAAAUCUAAUAGAUCAUCUAUGCAAUAAACAAAUCAAUUUAAUAAAUGAAGAUGAACUUUCAGAAAGUUGCAAAAUGUCACUUUCAGAUAUUUCACAUUCUUCUGAAAAUAUGAACAGUUCUGAUAAAUUAAAUUUGCCUAAUAUUCAUGGAAAAAAUAAUUUUGAAACUUCUACUAUGUUAAUCAAUACAGAUGACAACAAAUUAAUUGGAACUAAUAUUGUACAUGACUCAAAUGAUUUAAACCAAACAGAGUGUAAAUUUAUAAUAAAUAAAAUAAACCAUGAUAAAACUGAUUUGAAUAGUCAAGAAAAAAACUUAUUAUUAGAAGUGAUAAAAAAAAUAAAUGGACAUAUUUCUAGUACUGAAGUAUUAGAUUUAGAUACCCAAGAAUUUAUGGAAUUAAAUUUAUGCAAAGCUGUCCAACGAUUACAUGCAUUGUCACCAACAUUAAAUUCAGAUAGUACUAAGACACACACUAUUAAACAAAUAGAUAUAGAUAAUUCUACUGUAAUUUCAACACUACCUUUGAUUAAUGAAUUAAGAAAUUCGGAUACAAAAGACAAGAAUUCAAUUAUUAUUGAUGAUUUAAAGAAAUCAGAAAAAUUCAAUCAACCUUCUCCUAAAAUUGACUUUGAAUUUCCUAUUCAAUAUCAAUAUGUUGAAUUACAGGAUAAAGACCAAGAUGCAGAAAUAAUUGCAUUUAGAGCUAUGUGUGAGGCAAUGUUAAAAAUUGGAGCAAUUGAUAACAAUAUAAUAGAUGAUAAUAAGACAAUUGUGAAAAAAAAGAAUGAAAUAAACCAUAAAGUAAAUUAUUUCAAUAGUAUGGAAUAUGAACCGAGUACAUCUCAAUUAAAUUCUGGCGUUGAUGAUAUUUCAAAACAUAAACAAAAAAAACAUCAAAUCAAUGAUUUGAGGUGCAAUUUAUCUGAUGAUAGCUCACCUGAAUAUUCAAAUAUGGAUAUUUCAAAACAUUUAAAACGAAAAAAACAUCAAAUCGAUGAUUUGAGGUGCAAUUUAUCUGAUGAUAGCUCAUCUGAGUAUUCAAAUGAACUUUCAUCAAAAAAAUUUAAUUCUGAAUGUUAUUCAGAUACAGAUGUAAUUCAAUCAAGAAAUUCAAAAAAAAUUAAAUUAUCUGAUUUAACAUUUGAAGAUGAAGAACUUGAUUGUAUGUUGAUUAAAAAUCCACUGCCAAAAGUUCAAAAUGUCGUGAUUAAUGAUUUGAAAUGCAAAAAUAUAAGUGAUGAUUCAUUGGAACAAAGCAAAUUAUUAUUAAAAGAAAAUGAGACAAUAUUUUAUUAUUCACCUGUUGGAAAAGUACACUAUGAUAUGUUAAAUUAUAUUAAAAAUAAAAAUUGUCAUUCGAUUUAAUAAUUUAUAUACACUUAGAAAUUAUUACUCUAUGUAUCAACUAUUAAUUUUAAUUUAUUAAUAUAAUGAUAUUGUUCUUAA